CCUUGUUGCCCCACGAAAUUGUCAGUCGGUCCCUAACUCGGGUAGGCUGAGUAGUUGAUGCUGAAUCGCCGAGCAGCAGCAGCAGCAGCAGCUCAGUCUGUCGCUGCAGUCCAACAGAGCGACCGGUUAUCAACAUCCUCUCCGCGAGGCUAUAACGCUAUGUGGGUCUGAGCUGACGGCGAGCCGCUCGACCGUAGCACGACACCACGGUGUUUCAAUUCGUGGACAUGAGUACACCUGCCACAGCGACUCCUUCCAAAACGUGGACCGGGAAUCCCGACAGGCAUCGAUUUUCAACGAGCAUAUGAGAAAGGAGAACCAUCAGGGCCAUGUUCCUGCUGACAAGUCACCCCGUUACUGAGGGAUCUCAGCCUUUUUUGGUUUCUGGACCUACCAAAGCAGGGAUGAGAUAAUAUAGUCAAGCAGCCGGUGCAUGCCGCUACAACAAGAACACCCGUGGCACCUGUGAAACCCGCCUCACCCCACCCCUAGUGAAGUUCAUUUCAACACUCAAACCAUGACAACGCCGGCCCUACUGCCACUGUCAGGCCGCAGGAUACCCACUCUGUCGCCGGGCGCCUCCUCUUUCCCGCACCACAGGGCCACGUUGAGGCUGUCCGAGAAGUUCAUCCUCCUCCUUAUUCUCAGUGCCUUCAUAACCUUAUGCUUUGGGGCCUUCUUUUUCCUCCCAGACAAUUCCAAGCACAAGCGCUUUGACCUAGGUUUGGAGGAUGUUCUUAUCCCUCAUAUUGACACACCCAAAGAGGGCAAGCACGCCUCAGGACAGGUGAUCAUACAUGGACAGGGAGGACAUGAUGAGCACAGACACAGGGAGGAGGAGGAGAGCCUGCGGGACAAGAUCCGCGCAGACCACGAGCGAGCGCUGCAGGAGGCAAAAGAGAAGCUGCGAAAGUCACGUGAGGAGCUCAAGGCUGAGAUUCAGACAGAGAAGAAUAAAGUGAUGGAGGACCUGAAAAAGAAGGAUGCAGGGCCCAAACCGUUGCCACCUGUCCCCAUGCCUAAGGUGGUGGGCGUCAGCGACGGUGAGCCACCGGAGCCCGACGUCAAAGAGAAACGAGACAAGAUAAGAGAGAUGAUGAAACAUGCAUGGGACAGCUACAGACAGUACGGCUGGGGUCACAACGAGCUGAAGCCCAUCGCUAAGAAAGGACAUUCCACAAAUAUCUUUGGUAGUUCUCAGCUAGGGGCAACUAUUGUGGAUGCAUUAGACACUCUGUAUAUCAUGGGUCUGCACGAGGAGUUCAAGGACGGCCAGGAGUGGAUCGAACAGAAUCUGGACUUCAGUGUGAAUGCUGAGGUGUCAGUGUUUGAGGUCAACAUUCGGUUCAUAGGAGGACUUUUGGCUGCCUACUACCUCUCUGGACAGGAAGUGUUCAAACUGAAGGCAGUCCAGCUAGCUGAGAAGCUGCUUCCUGCCUUUAACACUCCCACCGGGAUCCCCUGGGCCAUGGUCAACCUUAAGAGCGGGGUCGGCCGUAACUGGGGCUGGGCGUCAGCGGGCAGUAGCAUCCUGGCUGAGUUUGGGACCCUCCACAUGGAGUUUGUUCACCUCACCUACCUGACAGGAAACCCAGCGUACUAUCAGAAGGUGAUGCACAUCCGGAAGCUGCUAGCCAAAAUGGACCGGCCCAACGGGCUCUACCCAAACUACCUGAACCCUCGCACAGGCCGCUGGGGCCAGCAUCACACAUCAGUUGGAGGACUGGGGGACAGUUUUUAUGAAUACUUGCUGAAGGCUUGGCUCAUGUCAGACAAGACUGACACAGAGGCUCGCAAGACCUACGAUGACGCCAUCGAGGCCAUCGAACGUCACCUCGUACGCAAAUCCAACGGUGGCCUGACAUUCAUUGGCGAGUGGAAGAACGGCCACUUGGAGAGGAAGAUGGGCCACCUGGCCUGCUUUGCCGGAGGCAUGUUUGCACUGGGUGCUGAUGGCUCGCCCGACGACAAGGCGGGACACUAUUUGCAGCUAGGAGCCGAAAUCGCACACACCUGCCACGAGUCCUAUGACAGGACAGUGCUGAAGCUCGGCCCAGAGGCCUUCAAGUUCGACAGCGGCCUGGAGGCGGUGGCUGUUCGACAGAAUGAGAAGUACUACAUCCUGCGGCCGGAGGUCAUCGAGACCUACUGGUACAUGUGGAGGUUCACCCAUGACCCCAAAUACCGACAGUGGGGCUGGGAAGCAGCACAGGCCAUUGAUAAGUACUGCAGGGUGAGCGGAGGUUUCUCGGGGGUGAAGGACGUCUACUCGUCCAGUCCGACCUACGACGACGUGCAGCAGAGCUUCUUCCUCGCCGAAACACUCAAAUUUCAGAGGAGCCUCUCAGAGCAUUCCUAUGGUGCACACCGUUCCAUUCCCCCCGUUAGCCUGCAUUUUAUUCCCUUCAUGUUAUUUUCCUUCAUCCAUUCACAGUCAUCUCCACCUUUAUCUUCAGUGGCUGUCCUUAUUAACAGUCCAUAGUUGCAGCACAGUCUCUGACAUCAUCACCAUCUACAUCUGAUGAGGAGGAAAGCCCGAGUUGAAACCUGGUCGGCCAUCAAGUCGCUGGGUGCGACGUUGAUUUUGAAAACUGAGUGUUCUGUAUUUGUAUUUUUACUGAACUAAAAAAAUAAAAUAAACUAUCUGUAAAUAUGUUUAAAACUGAGACACAAAUUCAAUAAAGAUGUUAU